AUGGUUUGGACGGAACGGAAUCCGAACGGCAGCAGAGUGGCUGGGAAAGCGGAAAUUGGCGCCCGGUGGGGGCAGUCGGGCAGGUCACUGGUGGAAGCAAGGGUUCGGACAGCUCUCGAGCAGAGAUUGGCACCUGGUAAGAGCAGCCGGGCACGCCCAGAGUGGAGUCGGGGUCGGCAAGGGGCGUCGGGCAGCCCCAAAACGGAUCGGAGGCAUCGAGGAGGGGACUUCGAAGAACUUUCCCCGGGUGCGGCGCAUGAUCAGGGGUAUAUCAGACUCGACGAGAUUGCUGAUGCGCCUGUUAUCCGGAACGAGUGGCGCUGGCCCGAUGCCCUCGAGGGAGAUCCCCCCGUCUGGCGCGCCACGUCAGAGGGACCCCGCUCGACCGCCAGUUCCGCUUUGUCUUUUACACGUGGCGCGCCGGACACACGGCGCCAGCCAGCAUGCGGACAGAGGGGCGCUGACGUCAGCCCGUGUGGACAGGGCGGUGCUGGCGUCAGCCCGGACCAGGCCCCGCUAUUGCUGCUUCAGCAGACAAGGCAGCAGUUGAGCACGGAAGAAGUUGCACGGAUCAAGGGAUGA